AUGCCGGACGACGCCAAAGCUAAAGCUUUCCCCGAUCUCUCGUCGAAACUAUCCGCUCCCCCAAAACGAUCCCUCUUCGAGCGCCAAAAGGCUGAAGCCGAAGCAAAACGCGCUCGUGAGAAAGCCGAAACUGCCGCCGUUUACGAAGAUUUUGUUAAAUCAUUUGACGAUGAUGGAGAAGACAGUGGAAAUAGGAGGACCUCAUCGAAUUUCAGGUCUAGCGGACCAUCGGGACCUGGAACUCUAGGUGGUCCUCCGGCGAGACGUCACUUUACCAGCACAUCGUCUACCCGCAACAGCGGCCCUGGGAGCUUAGGUCCUGCACCGUCUCUAGCACGGAAACGAACUUAUGACGGCUUUUAUCGUGAACGAGAUCGGAAUACAAGGGAGCCAGGAAGUCAUGGUAUCUUUGGCUACGAUGACAACGAUGCGCAAACUGCUUUUCGCGCUUCUGAUGAUGAAGGGGACAGGGUUGUGGAGGACAAGGAGGCUGAAAAAGCCGUUGCGAAGCCUACAGUAUAUCUUUCUUCGCUGCCUCCAGGGUCAUCGCCGGCCGUCAUUAAAGCUUUGAUUCCGGGAAACCUUACCGUAGAUGCUGUUAAAAUUAUACCCCCGCCGGCUCAACCUUCUAUGGAGCGCAGAUCUUUCUCGGCUAUCGUGACACUGACACAGGAAACAGCAGCGUCUGACAUUGACGCUGCUGUAAGUGCUUUACAAAGUAAAUAUUUAGGGUGGGGGUUCUAUCUCUCAAUUUCGCGCCACCUGUCCUCUGCUGCAAUUCAUUCGGGCAUGCCCGUGACUGUUGGAUCUUCAUCUAAGAGCUCAUUGCCUUUUGGUGCGAAACUUGUCAAUCAAACUCCCGUUGGCAGACUCAACCGAGCGCCUCCACCUGGUCCUCAUCGCGGAGGGUUUGCACCUCCGGGUUCUUAUGGAUCGCAGUAUGGAAAGCCCGCAUCAACGGCUGAAAUAGAAGUCAAGCCGCCUUCUGACUUGAAGCAGUUGAGACUUAUACACAAAACGCUUGAGAAUCUAUUGAAGUAUGGACCUGAAUUUGAGGCUUUGCUUAUGAGCCGACCGGAGGUCCAGCGAGAGGAGAAGUGGGCUUGGAUAUGGGAUGCUCGUAGCGUUGGUGGUGUUUGGUACAGAUGGAAGCUUUGGGACGUGCUCACGAAUGCGAAUACGAGUCGCGGCCGACAUGGUAGGAAUAGUGGUCCUGCUUCUCUAAUAUUUGAAGGAGGUGCCAGUUGGGUCGGUCCGGAAUUGCCGAUUCCCUUCGAGUAUGCUACCACACUCGACGAAUUCGUCUCCGACGAAGAGUACAAUUCGUCAGAUGAAGAAGGUUCCGAUAAUGAAGAGUCAAGACGGCGGCAUGCAGCAGAUGACUCGGUGGGAGGACAAGAUGGCAUGGGGUAUAUGGAUCCAUUACAGAAGGCGAAAUUGACGCACUUGCUCGCUCGACUUCCAACAGCAAAUACCAGACUACGACGAGGUGACGUGGCUCGGAUCACAGCAUUUGCUAUCGAACAUGCGAGCGCGGGAGCGGAAGAAGUGGUUGAGAUGCUUGUCACAAAUAUAAUUCGGCCAUUUGCAUAUUCGAGAGCCAAUCCAGACCGUGACGAAGUACGAACUGCUCUUCGGGAAAGUGAAGCGAACGCCGCCGCCUCUGGGGAUAAAACUGAUGCCGGACCACCUGCACCCGGAAAAGCAAUUGAAGAUACAUCGGCCGCCAAGCUUGUUGGUCUUUAUGUGAUAUCGGAUAUUUUCUCCUCGUCAUCAACUAGUGGUGUCCGUCAUGCCUGGCGAUACCGACAACUAUUUGAACAUGCAUUUCGAUCACACAAGGUGUUUGAGCAUCUAGGCCGCUUAGAAAAAGAAAUGAGCUGGGGUCGGCUUAAAGCCGAAAAAUGGAAACGCAGCAUCAAUGCUAUAUUGCAUAUUUGGGAAGGAUGGAGCGUUUUCCCGCAGUCAGCGCAAGAUCAUUUUAUUCAGAUGUUUGAGAGUCCGCCCUUGACGGAGAAAGAGAUGGAGGAGAAAAAGAAAGCCGAAGCUGAACAGGCACAAACUGAUGCUGGUAACAAGGGCAAGAGUCGAUGGAAAACCGUCGACGAAGAUGCACCUGCCGGUGGAAGAUUCGAUCUAACUCAGGUACCGGCGCCCGAACACUCUGCUGUUGCGGAGAUCGAUGAUGGCCUGGACGGCGAGCCAAUGAGCGAUAUCGACGGCGUCCCAAUGGAAGACAGUGACCUCGAAGGCGAGGAGCUGGAUGGGCAGCCUCUCGACAUGGAUGUCGAUAUGCCAGACAGUGAAGAGAAGAAAGAGCAGCCCGAUCAGGCCUCAGAGUCAACCAGCAAACCCGAAGAGACCUCCCCCGUCGGGCGAGUGCGAAAGCCACGGCCGAAAGCAGAGGACAUGUUUGCUGAUUCUGAUGACGACAACAAUUAA